UCUCUGUCUGCUCCUCAAUCCUCACCAAAACCCAAAAAAGAAAAAAAAAUCAGUCCUUCUUCUUCUUCAUAUUUCAAGUCACUACCUUUUUGCUUCCUCAGCUGUCUCUUUCCAUUGGGGAAUUAUUGGGUUUUUCUGGUUCCCGAGAAAACGAGCAAGAGAGAAUUGGACAUAUGGAGCCUUGGAGUUUCGGUUCAGACGGGAAAGGAUUUUUACUUGCUGAUGAGAUUGAUAUACCUAUUGAUGGAUUUACAAGAAGUACAAAGGCAUUCCUAGAAUGGGAUAACAAAAGUUGCUUUAAUUUCGAUAAAGAAUCAGUUGAAAGCAUGGAGUUCUUGGAUGUGGGAUUGCCAAAUAUGGUGAGGGAGCCUUUUCAUGGUAACCAAGUAGUGGAGAUUGCGAGUGGUGUGGGCUGUAAUGAUUCUAGUAACAAUACAGUAGCUUCUUCUACUUGUUUGAUGACUUCAAGUUCAUCUUGGGGUGAAGGAGAAUCUGGCUCCAAAUUCUCAAGCCCAGUUUGUGAGUCUAGUAGCCAGGAUUCAUCACUAAUAGCUUUGAAGCUUGGGAGGUUGGUCGAUAGAAAAUAUGGACAGGAAUCACAAGAUGGUCAGCAUCUGAAAGAGAGGUCAAAGAGAGCUCACACAAAGGGUUCACACUAUCAGACUAUCACCUGCCAAGUUCAUGGUUGUAACAUGGAUCUAAGCUCUUCAAAGGAGUACCACAAGAGGCAUAGAGUUUGUGAUGCUCACUCAAAGACUGCAAUAGUUGUUGUUAAUGGCAUCGAGCAGAGGUUUUGCCAGCAGUGUAGCAGGUUUCAUCUGCUGUGUGAAUUCGAUGAUGUUAAGCGCAGCUGUCGUAGACGCUUAGCUGGCCACAAUCAACGACGAAGGAAGCCUCAACUAAACACCUUUGAUUGUAAGUCGCAUACGUGGCUUCAGCCAUAUCAAGGCAUUGGAUAUCUUGGAACUUCUUUGCCAAAGAGAACAUCAUUUGUCUUUUCAGAAAUACUUCCAGGUGGCAUUCUAUAUCCAGAAGAGUCUAACCAGUAUGGACAUAUUAAAACUGAAGAUGAAUCAACAUACCGUCAAUGUGCAACACCCAUGACAAACAGGCAAUUACUUCCAAACUCUUCUCGUCAUCUACAUGGCCGUGGGAAGCAACAUUCUUCAGAACUUCCUUUAUCAGGAAAUGAAUACUCGGUUUUUGAUUCAUCGUCACAUGUUCAGAAAGCAUCUGGGGCGUCAACCUACCAGGGUGCUCUCUCUCUUCUGUCAGCUCAAUCACAGAGCUCAAUCUAUUCAUCAAGAAAUCAAGUGGCUGCCCCUCUUCAAAUGCACAGAACCCAUCAUGGUUUUGGUCAAAAUUAUGAUUGGCCACCCACGGUAAAGGUCUUGGGAAAAAGUGGAAGCGAUGGGUCCUUCCCAUGCAGGAUGAACUCCAUGGAAACUGACCAGAUGGGUUUGGUAACAAUUUCUGAUUCUAGUCAUGCUGCUGAUUUCCAACUUCACACAGAUAGAGUCUUCCAGGGGUCGGCUUGCUUCAGUCACAAGUAUCAUCUUUCUCCUGAAAAUGGACCAACUUUUGAUAUGCUCCAAUUGUCUUCACAUUUUCAAAGAGUGGAACAAGAGAGAAAGUUUUUGCAAGUCAAACAGGAACAGGGAGAUUACUACUGUUUGCCUCAAUCUUAAGUAGCAUUCAGGUGACAAUCUUGUUGGAGGAAGUCUGGAUUUGCUUAAUCAGGAACAGUCUAACUGCAUUGGUGCACCCCUGAGGAUGGUGGAAAUGUUUCUUUUUUACGCAAGAAUUAAAUAACGAAAAAGCUGUGUAGAGUUCUUUAACCUUUAUAUUGCGAGUUGCUUUAGAUACCUUUUCUAUCUAUCUGCUUAGAUUUUGCUCAUGCAAGGCUAGGGUUACAGUUGAAUUGGGGUUGUUUCAAACUGCGCAUGCUUUUUUGCAUAGAUAAUGUUUAAGGCACAAACCAUCAUGAAAAACAAAUGGAAUGGAUCCACCAAACGUAGUGUGGUGAUUCUGCUAGAUAUGUGAAGCAUUGUUUAGUUGAAAAAGGUUUGCUGAAGCAUGAUUGAAUGAAUCACUUAGUGUAUUAUCCUCAGG